AACAACGCAACAAUGGCUGCUCAUCCUCCUCCAAGAAACUCGACUGGCUCACCAUUAUUACGCAAAAUAAAGAAAAGCUGAGAUCGUAUCAACGUCAUAUCAACUUCAUACCACACUGGCUUUUGGCCAUCGACCUAAGGUGCUCCUUGUUUGUGGAAUGCACGUUCAAUGUCACUUUGACACCACCAGAGAGCUUUGAGACUGACGACAAUAAACACAGACCCAUAAACAACGAGAGGAUUAUGAUGUUUCUCGUGAAACUUUUGUCCGUGUUCAUAAGUUUCACCAUUUGUCAACAAGUUGCGUCAAAGCUUCCUCCGAGCCACUUUCAGAAGAGUCCUUGGACUUGGGUUUGCAGGGAACGAAAAUGCACAAAACUUGAUUCGACUCAAGUCCCUCCAACGGAGACUGGUCAUCCCUUGAAUGUCUGCAAACUGAAUUGUGGUGAAUAUGGGUCUUUAUUGCCAAAGCCAACUAUCAAGACUGAAAUUGGAGCAGGUUUCGUACCAUUUUAUCCGAACAAUGUCAAGUUCGAGAAGCUUGAAGGACCAUCGCCACGGACAAAGAGAUUACUAAAUGCAUCCGUUGAUAUUUUCAAGUCUUACAUGUUGCAGAGUGUUUCCCGUUACGCUGAAGAUGGAGAGGACCCAUUUCCAGAAAACAGUACUGAAUACGACCGUCUUUCUAAGAACAUUGUCAAAGUCAGCAUUGCCAUCGCUCACCCCUUCGAUAAGUUGACGUUGAACACGGAUGAGGGUUAUUUGCUUUCGGUUCAGCAGCAAGAAGAUGGGGCAACUGUAAUUGUUACCAUUCAAGCAAAUACAUAUUUUGGGGCUCGACACGCGUUGGAAACUUUGAGUCAGUUAAUCGCUUAUGAUGACUCCAAAAAUUGUCUCCAGAUUGUGGAUCGGGCUCUUAUUCAGGACAAGCCGAUUUUCCGGUACAGAGGAAUUCUCCUUGACACCUCUCGAAAUUUCAUCCCCGUGCCAAAGCUUCGCAGACUUAUUGACGGAAUGUCGUACUCAAAGUUGAACAUGUUUCACUGGCACAUCACGGACACUCAUUCCUUUCCCCUCUACUCAAAAAGUGUCCCGCAGUUAACAAAAUACGGAGCGUACUCUCCAAAACAAAUUUACACGAUUGAAGAUAUCGCUGGACUCAUCGAUUAUGCGACUAUUCGAGGGGUGAAAAUUGUCGCUGAAUUUGAUGCCCCGGCUCACGUUGGAAACGGUUGGCAGUUCGGGCCGUCGGCUGGAAAAGGUGAGCUCGCAGUUUGCAUCAAUCAGGAACCUUGGACAGAAUACUGCGUGGAACCACCGUGUGGCCAACUGAACCCAGUAAAUGAGGAAAUGUACAAAAUAUUGAGUGAAGUUUACAAGGACAUGUUGGACGUGUUUGACAACGACGUGUUCCACAUGGGUGGCGACGAAGUGAACGUCAAAUGCUGGAACAGUUCAUCUACGAUCACACAAUAUUUGACUAAUCAUGGGAAAGACUUGUCGCAGGAGAGCUUUGUCGAGUUAUGGGGGCAAUUUCAGAUCAGAGCAUUGAAACUGCUCAAGGCCCGUUCCAAGGAUGCAAAUAUGACGGCCAUAAUGUGGACGUCGGACUUGACGACGAAGGAGCAUAUCAAACAGUAUCUUGACAAGAAGGACUACAUUAUACAAAUCUGGAGCGAAGGACGUGAUCCAAUAAUUCCAUACUUGAUCAAUGAAGGGUAUCGAGUCAUCUUUUCAAACUAUGACGCCUGGUAUUUCGACUGUGGGUACGGAGGCUGGGUUGGGGGCGGUCCCAAUAAUUGGUGCUCUCCGUACAAAGGGUGGCAACAGGUUUAUGGUAACAGUCCAAUUGACAUUUACGCAAAUGCGACAAGUCAAGCAGAUGCAAAUCAGGCCAUGAAACAAGGACUAAUUUUGGGCGGAGAGGUCGCAAUGUGGACCGAACAGGCUGAUGGUUCGUCCAUCGAGAGCAAAAUUUGGCCACGAGCUGCAGCCUUGGGAGAGCGAUUGUGGUCAAACCCCACCACCGACUGGUCAGCCGCCGAGAUUCGCAUGGUGGCCAAUCGACAGCGUUUAGUUGACCGUGGACUGGAUGCUGAUCAGUUGCAACCGGAAUGGUGUCGCCAAAAUGAAGGGCUGUGUCAUGCAUGAAUCAUUUAAUCAAGUCGUAACAGCGUGCUUGUUCAAUUUAGAACAAAAAAACAGUUUUCCAGCUUCCAAUUUCUUUAAUUACCAUUUGUUUUUUACAUAAAAAUUACAAUGAAUUAUUAUGAUACAACGAACCUACAUAAAGUAGUAGUUCGCACUGACAAGGUUUCACCACCUCACCGGGAACAAUCCAUGAUUUGGACCAUUUUGUGAAAUUCAUAACAAUAAAUUGAAUGGUUACUUAUAUAA